AUGGCUCAACACUGGUACAGUCGUUUACCCCCAAAUUAUAUUUCUUGUUUUGAUAACUUGAGCAAGGCCUUUAUAGGACAAUUUGUUGGAAGCAAAACACACGCCAAAAGCUCCGCCUCAUUGAUGAAUUUACACCAAGGUAGGAACGAAUCACUUCGAGAGUAUAUGAAUCGUUUUACCAAAGAAGCCUUGAAGGUCCUAAACCUAGAUCAGAAGGUAGCCAUGAUUGCACUCCAGCAGGGUACUAUCGAUGAUAACUUUCGUCGAUCUUUAGCCCAGAGGGCCCCUGAUAAUAUGAAUGAUUUACAAGAAAGAGCUGGGAAGUAUAUUAAAGUGGAGGAAAGCUUGAGAAAAUCCCAGAAUAAUCAGGGACCGAAUACCAACUUCAAGAAGCGCGGAAGUGACGCCGAGUACAACGCUGAGAAUAAGUAUUCCAAGAAAAAUGAUGGUGAAAAGUCGCCUGCCAAAAAGAAGUUAGGACCGAGGUUCACCGAAUAUGCCAGGCUUAAUGCCCCGAGGAGUCAAAUCCUGAUGGAGAUUAAGAAAGAUGAGAGUGUUAGAUGGCCGAAGCCUAUAAGAACCGACCCGGAAAAAAGGAAUAAAGAUUUAUAUUGUCGAUUCUAUAAAGACACCGGAAAUAAGACCGAUGAUUGCCAUCAGUUGAAGGAUGAAAUUGAGUUCCUGAUCCGAAGAGGCAAGUUGUCCAAAUUUACCAAAGAUGGGGACAAGAAUCAUCGAGACAAUGACAAUCGUGGAAGAACAACGAUGACAAAAGAACUCAGCCUCGAGGGCCUGUGA